CAAGUCUUAACACGGGAGGUGCUACUUAUUCAUGAGUUGUUUUAUAUUGGAGUUUGAAACUUCACAAACAAAAAACAGAACUCAAGAUCAUGGAUCCAAAAUUGCAGAAAACAAGUGUCCUAAUGUUGCCAUGGUUGGCUCAUGGACACAUAUCACCUUUCUUUGAGCUAGCAAAGAAGCUCUCACAAUACAACUUCCACAUAUAUUUCUGUUCUACACCAAUCAAUCUUAAACCCCUCAGAGAAAAUCCAUUCCCCAACAAGAAUAAGAUACAACUCAUAGAUCUCCACCUUCCUUCUUCACUUCUCCCUCCUCACUAUCACACCACCAAAGACCUCCCUCCGCAUCUUAUGUCCACUCUCAAGACUGCUUUUGAUGAGUCAAAGCCUGUGUUUUGUGAUGUAUUGAAGACCCUUGAACCAGAUAUUUUAAUCUAUGAUUUCUUGCAACCAUGGGCACCAGCAGCAGCUAUUGAGCUGAAUAUUAGAGCUGUUAUGUUCUUACUUACUGGCGGGGCGACGACUUCUUUCCUGAUGCAUCACUGUAUUAAUCCAGGGGUGGAGUUCCCAUUUCCGGAGUUUCGAUUUCCGGAAGCUGAAGUCAUGAAAUUCAUUAACUUCAUGUUUGAUACUGCAAAUGGUAUCACAAAUGGAGACAGGUACUUUAAAUGCUUAGAAAGAUCAAACAACAUGGUAUUGGUGAAGACAUCAAGAGAGAUUGAAGCAAAGUAUAUAGACUAUUGUUCUGUUUUGACCAAGAAAGAGAUGGUUUCUGUAGGAGCUCUUGUUCAAGAACCUGAAGUCAAAGUCGAUGAUACGAGGACAUUGAAUUGGCUAAAGAAGAAGGAACCCAGUUCAGUUGUUUUUGUCUCCUUUGGAAGUGAAUAUUUUCUCUCCAAGAAAGAAAUGAAUGAGAUAGCUCUGGGGCUAGAACUCAGCGAAGUUAGUUUCAUAUGGGUUGUCAGAUUCCAUGGUGAAGGUAGAGAUUGCAGAUCCAUUGAAGAGGCCUUGCCAGAUGGGUUUUUAAAGAGAAUUGGAGAGAGAGGUUUGAUAGUUGAAAACUGGGCACCGCAAUUGAAAAUAUUAGAACAUCCAAGCAUCGGUGGAUUCGUGAGUCAUUGUGGUUGGAGUUCAACAAUGGAGGGAAUGAUGUUUGGUGUACCAAUCAUAGCCAUGCCUAUGCAGCUAGACCAACCUUUGAAUGCUAGAUUGGUGGUCAAGUUUGGUGUGGGCAUUGAGGUUCCAAGAGAGAGCGGAAGGAUUUUCCAGAAGGAGGAGAUGGCGAGGGUGAUCAAACAAGUAGUCAUGGAAGAAGAAGGGAAGGAAGUAAGGAAAAAAGCAAAGGAAGUUAGCCAGAAGAUGAGAGAGAUUGGGGAUGCAGAGAUGGACAUGAUUGUGGAGAAGCUGCUGCUGCUGCUUAUUUAAGGAAAUUUUGUGAAGGUUUUCGUCAUAUCAUUGAAAAAAAAAUCAAACGGCUUCCUCUAUCUUAUUAAGACUACAACCAUAUCCAAGCAGCCAUGUUUGAAUAGCAAGAAGCUCAGAGAGUAGCAACAAGCUUCUUCUUUUUUUCAUAGGGAGCUUAGUUAAACGAAGGUAAUAUAGACGUAUUGAUGUCUUUAUCUGCUUGGCUGCUACAUGCUUUUCAUAAUCACAUAUUUCAAAUGUCAUAAUCAAAGGUCUAGAUUAGCUCAGUGUAAUGUAAUAAAGUAGUCAAAUAGGCGAAAAUGGCCGCCUUUGACAGGUUUAUCGGUCAUUUUUAAGCAGCAAAUGACCUAGUCAAAGAAAUUCUUGCAUCUCAUCUGGUUAGAGUCCAAGGAGAAAACUUAAUAUAGGAUCUCUAUAGGCUUAAAUAUCAAAAUAUUAAAUCAUUAUACUGCCUUUUCCAUGAUGUGUAAUGCCUACGCUGGUAGAGUGCGACAAGAAGAGCCUGUAAAGGUUGUUGACUAUUUCUUUAACAUGAAAGAUGAAAUCAAGUUCUGUAAAUACUGUAGUAAUCUAUGAUGUGUUAAUUGUGAUUCAGUACGUAACUUUCCUAGUAUC